UUUUUAUUUUGCGUUCUUGCUCGUAAGCGUAAGAAUUUAGCAGCUGUACUAACUUUGACAGAGCUCUCUGAAUUUGAAAAACGAAAAGUCAUGGCCGCUCUGUUCAAGCAAUGUUUCAGUGCCCAGGAUAUGGGAUGGACUCCACCAUUCACUUAAAAAACAUUCAAAAAACUUGGUUUUAAGUAAUAAAGAUUAGGUUUGUUUUGCGGCGCAUUCCUUCGUCCCGGAUUCCGCGACGUGAGCUUGAUCCUCCACCGUCACCGUUUUGGAAGCCGUUAUAUAUGCAGGCUAAAUAGCUACUUAGCUUUAAAUGAAGAUCCCAACUUGAGCUAGAUAAUGAGGGUGAAACGCAAUGCAAUUCAUCAGGUAUUGUAAUUGAAAUUCUUAUUAAGUGCGGGAGUUCGUCCGCCCAUUUGGAGUCGCUUAUCACCGCCACGUACUGCUGUUGGGGCCCCUUGAGGGAUUUGCUGGUAUAGAGGUCGCGAUAGCGUCGUGCGCCGGCACUUUCUUGAAGAGGAGCAUCCGACUACUUUUGGUCUUUGACUCAUUUUUGUCCACCAUAGCAUCGAGAAGUAGCGAAGUCUGAUCAUCACCAUUCAAAUGAGGUAUUUUGCAGGUCCCGGAUGAGGGUAUUUUAUACCUCAUCCGGAACACGGAAACAGUUUGCGGAGAGGUGAAUUCUAUACCUCAUCAAUAGACCUCAUCCAAACCAAUGAUGUGGUAUGCUGAAUUUCUACAAAAAAUCUGCCAUACCAUGCGGAUUAAGAAAAGCGCAAUACUUUUCGCGAGCAUUCCCAGAAUUCCUCCUCUUCCACCAUUUUCCAGGUAUUCUGCCGCCGCUUUGUCCCACAAAUUGCCACGGGGCCCCAGCAGUCCAACAGGCGGGUCAUCAGGCAGGUCACAGGUUGGGUGCCGUCAAGGAGGUGGUUGCGGUGGUCCUUGCUACUGUCCUUUAUUUCGAUGUCUUUUAGAGGGAAAACUAGCUAGCUCAAAUUGGGAUCUUCGUUUAAAGCUAGGCACUUCAUCAUCGAUAACAAACCCAGCUCACCUCCCGGCGAUGUCGCCGAAAACACGACGACCCAGACGUCCAAAACUGCAUGGAUAACUGCCCUAUUUUGCUUCAGAGCCAAGUUUUUUGAAUGUUUUUGAAGUGAGUGGUGGAGUCCAUCCCAUACAGGAUUUUACACAGGUGCUGCUGAUCGGGCUUGGUGGCGUGGGGAAGAGCACGCUGAUGCAGCGCCUAUCAAAACGAAAAAUCCCCCCUCCCCAUAUCGAAAUGGAAAUCUGUGAUGCAGGAUUUGGGUACACAGAUCGGAUUUGUCUUGCAGUAAGGCAUCGCAGCCAGAUCCUCGGCCUAGGUAGGGGCGUAUAGGUCUAGUUGCUUAGCAUUGCAAACGGGUGUCCCCUAGGCGCAACAGCAUGCCAAAUCGCUUCCAUAAUGGUGCGGAAGCCUCUGCGCUUGUCUUCUUGCAAGACAGACGUGAUUUGUGACCUCAAAUCAGCAACGCAAAUUUUCGGAAACACACCAUUUCGAUAUGGGGAGGGGGGAUUUUUCCUCAGAAUAGCGCCUGAAGGUGCCCCAGUGGAAGUUGGAGCGCAUGGCGAGUACCCUGGCAGUACGGAAAUGAUGUAGUCAGGUGGGAAGUCGACAAAUAAUGAAUAGGAAGCACUGCGCUCUAUGAUCAUUGUUAUUGUGAUGCAUGAAAUGCCCAUACGAUAGUAAAAAGUACCUGCUCGAGCAGUAGUUGGGCCCACCAUUUGCAAGCAUCGCAUGACAAAUUUUCCACACGCUGGGAGGCAAUUUGCUAUGCUGUUUUCAACAAUAGGGACUGCGACUGCUCGUAGGAUGUUGCUCCGCAGCAGCAACUGCGCUGAUCGUACUGAUAAUCUACCUCAGGCGGCUCCUCGGUGAGCCUAGCAGUAGUCGGGGUGCUGCUUGUGUAGCAAUCCACGCGUGACACAAGAUCAACAUUGAUUUCAUUUCGACGAUUAUUUCACCAAUGGCGGUCCCAUAGGCAGACCUGCGGCAGUACAAAGUAUGGGAUGGCUAUGGAAGAACAGAUGAGCUAGUUUUUUUGUUGGAGCAAGUCUCGUCUCUGUGAUGCAGAAACCAAUGGGACGGCUAUGGAAGAACAGAUACAGAUGAGCUAGUUUUUUUGUUGGAGCAAGUCUCGUCUCUGUGAUGCAGAAACUGUGUUGUCGUGCCAGACAACCGUGAUAGCCUCUUAUCUUUUGAUCAGGAAUUUUCCGCACCACUAGCGGUGCUUGACAAGAAUUUUUCUCUGUCAUGCGUCGAUGCAGUUUUGUGAUGCUUUUUUUGUUUUUUCUAUUUUUAGUUCGCGAGAGUUACUUACACCGACGCAGGAGUGCUAGCUUUUCCCUUCAUAAUCGCGCGGGCGAGGCGGAGGAAGACCAGAAAACGGCGGAUGCAGCUAAGUGGGGCCGACCGAUAGAGUACACGUCGUUUACGGGGAGUGCGAAACGCGCCGCGUUGCAAGAGCCGGGCUACAAUUAUCCUGUGCAAAAACGGAUGCAGCGUACCAGUAACCCCACGACUCCAGAGCAGAUUUACUUUUACCUCCAUGCGUCUGCAUGCUCAGAAUGCCUCUCAUGCACAGCUCCAGCAACUACAUCAGGAUCAGGUUCAGGAGCAUUUUCUAACGGUAUCUAUAUAUGGGUGGGAUCAUUUUGUCAUGCUCAUGCUCACGAGGCAGCACCAGCAUUUUUCGAGUCGUGAGGGAGGAUCUCUCGCUAAGAAGUAAAGCGACUACCCUGGACAAGGCACUUGCUGAUGCGCAAGAGGUAAAACGUGUCGUCUUGACUAGUGCUACUGGGUCGUGGGCAAUGCUGCGAGUGCCACGUGUUUACUCAGGAUAACACUUACGAAGUGUUCAAUGACUUCGGGCUCUGGGACAUACCUUCCAUCGUGUCCGACAUGCUACCAGUAUGACAGUGCACAAGAAUCAAGAACUAUUCCCCUGCAUGCUCAUGCAGCUCCUCAUUUGAUUUGGUAGGGCAUGUUUAGCAACAGAAACGACGCCAUGAUAAUGGUUUCUGCAUGACAGGCCAACACGUAGACUACUGUUCUGUUUGAGCCAGGACAAUUCGUGUUACGAAUUCUUCCUUUUUUCCCUACCUGAAGUUGUCACUAGAAAGAUGGCGCAGUUUUAGAUUCUAUCCAGCGCAGCUCGGAUUUCUUUGGACUUCUGCACGACCCAUGUAGGCGGGACAAGGGCGCCGUGGCGUUGUAGUUCUUUUCUUGUGCAAUGUUAUAACAAAAUCUGUGGGCGCUUUUCUACCGCGCAGUGAAGUAUCACGCAGUCUUCUACGUGAUUUCUUCGAGUGACGCGGACAGACUGGAACUGUGUAAGAAACACAUCUUCUCUAUCAUCCAGAAAUGAUCUGGGAGGGCAUAGUAAUUUGUAAAUACGUAGAGCGAAUCCAUGCAUGGGCAGACGAAGAUCUCUCAAGGGGCUCGCCCAUAGCAGGCUGUCGCUUGAGAGAUGCCGCGGCACAGAUUAGUACUUUUGUGUAUUUAUUUUAGCGCCCUGCCAGCUUUUUUCUGACUCAUAUUCUCCCUGCUCUACGAGGAGGAGCUUCGGGAGGCGCCGUAUCCUCUGCAAAAGUGUUGUAAUCGUUGUACUAAUUGCAGCACAGCGUAGCAGAGCAUGGUCUGGUUUUCAUUUUCUAACUUUUUCAUCAUUACAAAUUCCAUUCUUUCUUCUGAAAAAUUGCAAAAAUGCAAUUUUUUUCCGAUAGUAAGUACGAUGUUUUUGCAAAAAUGCAUACGCUGUUAGUAAUCCUGAUCAACAGUCGCAAGGAGAAUCCGUAUGAUGUUUCUCGGGUAUGGAUGUGUCAGGAUUGAAAUCGACAAAGUUGAAAUAAACUCUAAUGCAUAAAAUGGAUGAAAGUUGUGGCUCAGUUUGUAAGUGGCGCGUGACAAAUUUUGGUAGAACCGAAAUCCAGUCUGUCAUGCUGUUUGGGUAAGGAGGGCGCCUUCUGUCAUGCUACUUUAGCAGCUCAGUUUCUACCCCUUAACAGGCUUAGUUACAAUCUGCCUCACUUGCCUACUCUACAAGACAGGCACUUUGAUGAGGACUGCAUUUUAUUACGCAGUGGAAAAUCUUCCACUGGCCCCGUUUUUCCACAAAUUGACAAAAAAAAAAGUCAACGCGAGUCCUCCGGUGGUUGCUGAUGUUCUGCGUCCGCUUCAUUUACUCCGAGAGCUUCUCCUGGCCACACAUCGGCGCUCUAUGAUAUGUCGCGCAAACUCUGAGCCAGCUAGUGGCGCGCGGCGCCAUUUUUGGGGCGCCUUGUCCGAGGGCCCCGAGGCCUUUUCCCGAUCGCGCGCGCCCCUUAGCCUCGCACGGGGCGCGCAAAAAAGGACUUGGCCAGGCCUCGCGUUCUUGGCAGGGCUGGUCGCCGGCGACCCCGGAGACCUCUGCUGGACACUCACGAGAAAAUCGCGCGAAUUUGACCCGGUUCGGGACGGCCAAAAACGCAACAAAAUCGGCCGACUCAGGUCCUUAUUCCAAAACAUCCACAAGACGCGAAAAAUUUCGCGAGACCCCUGGGGGAGACUAACCAGGCGAGGGCGCGGCGGCCCCUCUCGGUUGUUCGCUUUCGCCGCCUAAGGCGCCGACCCCUGGCGCGCCGAAGUGCCGCGCGCCGGCUUGGGGCUUCCCGGAUGUGGCAAAUUGUUGAGCCCGCCGCGCGUCCCGGGCCGCCCGGAGCGCGCGCCCCCUUAAGCAUGUCGCCCGGCGGCACUUUUGCGCCCCCGAGGCCGCGAGAUGGAGAUCAGCUUGGAAUGCCGGAACCGAAUGCCGCCAAGGGAGUUCCCCACUAUGCGACACAUAUUUCAAAAAAAAAAUUGCACUUUGUGGAAAAGCGGGGCCAGUGGACACUUUUCUCUAACGUAUUUAUGCAUGACAGGCUAUAUUUCAACUUUGACGCUUUCGUCAAACCUGACGCUUCCAUAUCGGGACGCUUUUUAUUACGAGCUCGAGUUGUACAAGCUCCCGCCGAACCGCGUGCAGAAAUUCGCUUUCGAUUUUUCCGCGAUCAAGGGCCCGCGGGAUCCGAACAUAACGCAAGUCUUGGACUUCGUGCGAAAUAAGGACAAGUAUGGACGAGAAAAAAGAAGCGCCAUUCCAUUCUUGGCAUCACACUUGCUACAAUUCACUUGGACUUGGAGCAUUCGGAUUGUUGUAUACUUGCAUGAAGGAAUUCGAGUUGAAAGUUUUUGUUUUCGUGCAUGGGUGCAUAAGUAUGCAUUUUUGUUCUUUUGCUAUGUGGAAAAAAUGCCCAAAAGCAAAACUGAUUGCUGCGAUGCUCGAGAUGUAGUUGUUGCUUUUUUCUUGCAUAGCAAAUACCCAAGUGUCAAUACGCUGGUGGCGGACCUAGAAAAAAAAUAAUAUAGUGUUUGCUUGGAGGGGUUUCACUUUGCUUGCGACAAGCCUAACCUCGUUAUUGCUUUGUUCUCAACUAAUUUUCUUCUUCCAUCAUGCUUGAUGAUGAGUCUCCGGCUUCGGGCUCAUUCCAAAAAACGGAAAUCCAUGCCAAAAACGUAGGCACUCACGAAGAUGAGGUGAGCACACUGUAGUGCUGAGCUGCUCCGCGCUAGUGCUAGAUGAGGCUUGCUCUUGCGUCACUCGUGAUAGUUCAUAGUGCAUUCUUGAUGCAAAGGUUCUUGUUUCUGGUUUUUGUUUUGUGUUGUCAUGAUGGACUUUUGGGCUUGUGUUCCGU